AUCAGCUGUUUUUAUUUUUGAAGAAAUAACUUUAUGGCAAUAUAAAAUAUUAUAGGCAAAUAAAUUAAUGACUUUAAAGAAUCAAAAAACAAAAAUGAAUGGUUAACAUUCAUGCUGUCUUGUAAAUAGAUAGUUAUUAUUAUUUUAUUAUGCCUAUCAUGGUCUUUAGACUAGGAACUAAUAUAUUUAAAGCCAAAAACAAAACUGUUCCAACUUCUUCAGAGGUUUUAUCUCAUUACUUGAUACAGUGCAAAGAACCACCUUGGACAUCAUAUUUUAUUAAAGUUGGUAGUAUCCAAGAUGAUCAGUGGGGUAAAUCACAUUUUAACUGGCAAGUAGGAAAUUCAAAUUAUCAUAUUUUAAGAACUGGCUGUUACCCUUAUAUAAAAUAUCAUUGUACAAAAAGGAAUAAGCAAGAUCUAACAGUGGAAGACAGUUUUUUUAGGGCUAUCAAGAUAAUUAACUUGGGAUUGCCAUGUCUAGCAUAUGGAAUAGCCGCAAUAUAUUUGAUAAGACAUAAAGAAAUUGUAUAUACAUCCAAGGGCAAAGUGGAAAUUUAUUUUCUAUAUCCUGAAGAUAAAGGAUCUUUAUACUAAAAUUGUUGUAUAUGCAUACAGCCAGUCUUUAUCUUUGAACUAUAUAUUCCUAAUUUAGUGUUAUAAUUAAACUUAAAUUAUACUUAUUAAUA